UUCUGUGUAGGAUGCACCCAGAAAGCAACGAGAACGCUGCCAGCGGGACACCCGGUUCGGAGGAAUCGAGCGCCGAGCCGCAGGCUGGACCCGCCGAACACCUUGCAGUGGAGCACAAAGAGCCGCAGGAGUACGAGGAACCGGAGCGCAAGCUCGCGCCGGAGGACAGCACGGUGCAGCUGAUACAAACCGGCUGCCCCGAGAAGCGUCCGGCGACGCCGCCCGGCGCGCACCCGGGGCCGGGGUUCGUUCCCCCGGAGGGGGGCUUCGGCUGGGUCGUGGUGUUCGCCGCUACGUGGUGCAACGGCUCGAUUUUCGGCAUCCAGAACUCAUUCGGGAUUCUGCACAUGAUGCUGGUAAAAGACCACGAGGAACCGACGGACCAGGCGUCUCAGUUCAAAGUGGCAUGGGUUGGUGCUCUGGCGAUGGGGAUGAUAUUCUUCUGCUCUCCGGUGGUCAGUAUGUUCACAGAUCACUUUGGAUGUCGGAAGACGGCUGUCUGCGGAGCCUUUGUGGCCUUCCUUGGUCUUCUCACCAGUUCCUUCGCAACCACGCUGGGUCUUCGAUACUUCACAUACGGGAUACUGUUUGGCUGCGGAUCGUCGUUUGCAUUCCAGCCGUCGCUGGUGAUCCUGGGGCAUUAUUUUCGUCAGAGACUGGGUUUGGCCAACGGCGUGGUGACGGCAGGCAGCAGCCUCUUUUCGAUGGGGCUCCCUGUGCUGCUCAAGAAAGUGGUGGGACCGCUGGGCCUCCCCAGAACCUUCCAGGUCCUCAGCAUCUUCAUGCUGGUCCAGUCGCUGCUGGCCCUCACCUUUAAACCGCUCAUGCCCAGCGGGAUGUGCCCGAUGCCAGGCAUGGGAAUGGACGGGGUCCCCGUCCGGCCUGAGUCGGCGAGCAGGUGGCAGAAGGGCCUGGCCAAAAUCAGGAAGUACUUUAACGUGCGAGUGUUCGGGGUGCUGACCUAUCGGGUUUGGGCCUUCGGCGUCGCCACGGCAGUGCUGGGAUACUUCGUUCCCUAUGUGCACCUGAUGAACUUUGUGAAGGAGCAGUUUGGAGACACUCAGAGGGAGUGGGUGCUGCUGGUGUGCAUCGGAGCGUCGUCUGGAGUCGGUCGACUGCUGUUCGGGAAGAUCGGAGACCUCAUACCUGGAGUAAAGAAGAUCUACAUGCAGGUGCGCUCGUUCAUAUUACUGGGUCUGAUGUCCAUGAUGAUACCUCAGUGCGCCGUGUUUGAAGGUCUGGUGGUGGUUUUUGUAUUGAUGGGUCUGUGUGACGGCUGUUUCAUCACAAUCAUGGCCCCCAUCGCCUUUGAGUUAGUAGGGCCCAUGCAAGCGUCUCAAGCUAUCGGCUACCUCCUCGGCCUCAUGGCCAUACCAAUGACAGCGGGACCCCCGAUCGCAGGACUUCUUCACGACUAUUUCGGAAACUACCACGUGGCGUUUUAUCUGGCUGGUGUUCCUCCGAUAGUGGGGGGUAUUGUGAUGUUUUUUGUACCUCUGGUGCACCAGCGCAUGCAAAGACGACGAAAAGAGGCCAACGACCCCAGCAUGGACAAAAUGUUGAAGAACUGCUCUAAUGGAGACAUGCUGCCCGGAUACACAGACAUGGAGACGCACAUAUGAAGCCCACAGCCGCAGAAAGGGAUUCAUCUCACCAGCACUGCUUGUGGCGUGUGUUCGUGAGUGCGUGUCAAGAUGGCGUGUGACGUAUUUCCUCUUUGCUUGGCUCUAAUCAAACCCGAGGCCUCAAGGCUUUCCCCUCUGCUCGUUUGCUGUUCUGGAGAGGAGACGUGAUCGUCCAUCAAGAGCCCAAACCCUCCUCCAGGGGCCGUUUCCAGCGGCUCUCUAGUGAUCGAACAACUUCAGCGUGCUGAUCUGGGCAAAAUCUCCGCCUGCUCGCGUUUCUCACGAGAAUGUGAACGGACUGCUCAGGUAGCGCGCGAGCCAUCGGUUAAAUUAGGACAGCAAACGUUUUAGCACCUUUAUAAAGGAAACUUUAAUUUGAUGUGAGAGAGUAGCAUUUCCAGCACAGAGAAAAAGUGCUGUUCAUUGAGCUUGAUAGUUUAUUGUCUAGAUUAUGCAAAUCAGAUUUGUAAGCUUUAGGUGUUUUCAGAAUACAAUUUUUUUUUUUUAGAAAUCCUUCAUAGACUUGCUUGGAAUUGAUUUCGGAAACUUUUAUGAGACAAAUCCGUCUUUCUUCGUGCACUUUCUGCUACCAACUUUGAUAACCUCAGCCGCCAUUUUCUUAUCAUGCAUCACUUAUGAAUUAUGUAGAAAUGAAAACUAAACGAGGAAUCAUUUUUAUGAUUUUUUAAAUUUUUUUUAAAAAGCUAAUCCUCUGUCCUUAAUACUAUCUGCUAAAUUUAGUUCAGUAAUCAGCUAUGCAGUAAGGAGUUCACAAACUGUGCCAUGACCAUUGAGACUAGAUGAUCAAUAUUCAUAAUAGGGGUGAAUCUCGUGAAAAAUGUAAAUAGAAAUUAUAUUUUGCAUGAUAUAUUUUUUUGCUUUUUUAGUUUUUUAACAAUAUGCUCAUUUUCGCCAAAUUUAUAUGAUGCGAAAACAAUCAUCACAAUACAGUAAAACAAUCAAAUCCAGACACAUUUAUUAGUAAAAAAAUU